UGGCUUUUAUAGCGUUUCAGUAUAUACUCCUUUCUUACAGGCAGUCCAACUCCCACCCAUUCCACUUAGUCCCCACUCACCAAACUGCCACCAACAACAAAGCCGCCUCCUCUCCCCUCCUUCCUCGGCGGAUACCCCAACGUUCACCUCAUUUCCCCCACCAACCCAUAUCUGCCUGCCUAUUUUCCUCCCUUCACUUCUUCUACUUCGAUUCCAUCCAAGAAACCUCCAAAAAAUGCAGGGCACAGCGAUUUCAUUCUCCCCUUCAAUUUCCCUCCCCAAUAAACCGAAUUCAAUUUCCACACACCACCACAGAUUCCUUCUAUCUCCUCGCACUGAACUUCCUCUCCAUUUCAACCCUCUGCUGAAAACACCGGCGGUUUCGUCCCGCAAGCUAAUUACGCCGAUUAAAUGCUCUUCCUCGGUGAAUCCGAUAAGUUCCGGAUGGAUUUCUGGCCCGCCUCCGGAGCCCGAAUCUGAUGACAAUGUUAAGGUUCGGGCCACUUCUGUGCCCGAGAGCGCCCCCGGAAAGCCCGAAGGAAAAGCUUUGGUUGAUACUUUAGUGCUGGGACUUCUUUUUGGACUUUGGUAUCUGUUUAAUAUCUACUUCAAUAUCUAUAAUAAACAGGUCCUGAAAGUUUAUCCGUACCCAGUAACUGUUACUGUGGUUCAAUUUGCAGUUGGGACGGUCUUUGUUAUUUUUAUGUGGCUGUUCAAUCUAUACAAGCGGCCCAAGAUCACUGCUGGACAGCUUGCUGCUAUCCUACCAUUGGCAGUGGUUCACGUGUUGGGCAACCUUUUCACGAACAUGAGCCUUGGAAAAGUCGCGGUUUCUUUCACUCACACUAUCAAAGCUAUGGAACCGUUCUUCUCAGUUGCCCUCUCUGCCAUGUUCUUAGGAGAGAUGCCUACCAUAUGGGUAGUCUCAUCUCUUGUGCCAAUUAUGGGUGGAGUAGCACUGGCAUCUAUGACUGAGGCAUCCUUCAAUUGGGCUGGUUUUUGGAGUGCAAUGGCGUCAAAUUUGACUAAUCAAUCUCGAAAUGUCCUUAGCAAGAAAUUUAUGCUUAAGAAGGAGGAAUCAUUGGAUAAUAUCACCCUCUUUUCUAUAAUUACUAUCAUGUCUUUUUUCUUGUUGGCUCCGUUUGCUAUUUUUGCGGAAGGAAUCAAAUUCACUCCUGCUUUCCUGCAAUCUGCGGAAUUGAAUGUCAGGCAGGUUUACACUAGGUCUCUCAUAGCUGCUCUGUGCUUCCAUGCAUAUCAACAGGUUUCUUACAUGAUAUUGCAGCGCGUAUCUCCUGUAACUCAUUCUGUGGGCAACUGUGUGAAGCGGGUUGUGGUGAUCGUCUCAUCUGUUCUAUUCUUUAGAACACCAGUUUCACCUAUUAAUUCUUUGGGCACUGGAAUUGCUCUUGCUGGAGUAUUCCUGUAUUCAAGAGCGAAACGCAUUAAGCCCAAGCCAAAAACAGCUUAAGCUGUGCACUUUAAAGAGUUUUGUCGGUAAAUGCUAUCUUUAGAUGAGAAAGCAAUAGCACAAAUUGGUCAGAUGUCUAGGCAGGAACUUUAUCCGAUUUUUGCAGCUUUUUCAUUACGUUAAUUUUCUUCCUGGUACUCGUGUAUUCUUUUGCUGGAAAACUAAAUACAUCCCGGCUGCAAAUGCACUAUUCUGAUUUCACCAUA